AUGUUCAUGCCCCGGAAAAGUGCACAGCGCUCCAACUCGUCCUCCUCGCUGUCCUCGCAGGCCUCGUCCACCUCCACCAUCUCCACCGCCUCCUCUUCGCAGACGAGCGGCGCGGCAGCUUCACCCGCUGCCGACGGCUCCACCUGGGCGGCGCGGAAGAAGGCGCCAAGAGGGUUAUGGCCUGCCACAAAAACAGAACCCGUCGCCGGCAUCACAAACGCUCGUCCGCAAUCUCUCACCUCGGUCGGCCAAGGCCCCUCAGCUGCCGCCGCCAUGACCCAACUACACUCACCCGCGCCCCUGCCGUCGCAGCACAACGGCACCACCCAGUCGCAAACCAACGGCGGCCCGCGCACCUCGAUGCAAGAGGCACAGGCGAUCCUGCAUCUCAUCCCCAUGAACGGCACUUUUGAGCGAAAGACGAUAACUGUGCCGUUCUUCCCAGACGUGCUCCGCAUCGGCCGACAAACAAACAACAAGACCAUACCCACGCCGCACAACGGGUACUUCGACUCCAAGGUUCUGUCGCGUCAGCACGCCGAAAUUUGGGCCGAUCGCAACGGGAAAAUCUGGAUCCGCGACGUCAAGUCGUCCAACGGCACCUUCGUCAAUGGCCAGCGACUGUCUCAAGAGAACCGUGACUCAGACCCCCACGAACUCCGCGAGCAGGACAUGUUGGAACUAGGUAUCGACAUUGUGAGCGAGGAUCAGAAGACUAUCGUCCACCACAAGGUCGCCGCCCGUGUCGAGCACGCUGGCAUUUACUCCAACACCGGAAACAACAUGGCAGACCUCAAUUUUGGAGAGAUGGACGGACAACAGCUGUCAAACAUGGUGGGUCCCGGCGGCCAGCAGCAGAUGAUCAAUAUGCGGGGUCGCACCCCGAGCCAGGGAUCGAUCAACGGCCAGCGCCUGCCAGGGCCCGCCGUCAUGGGAAACAACGUUGGUGCCAUGCAGCAACCGCGGCACCCCAACUUCUGGCUUCAGCCAAUUACAAUGGAGCAAGUUGUCAAGAAGCUAAAUGCGGAGAUCAAAGCUGCCCGGCAACAAUCACAAGACCUCCAGCAGACGCAUUCCUACAUCAAUGCUAUCCUUUCCACGGAUCCCAAGAAGGAUUCGACCAAAAACUCGCCUAUCAAUUCUACAAAGAUCUCACCCAUCAAAGAUGCGAACCUCAAGGCCAGGUUCUCCGACCCGCCGGCACCCCCACCUCAGCAACCCUUGCCCGAGAAGCCGGAUGCCCCGUCGUUGCAGAGGAUGGACACAGAGAAGGUGAAGAGCACUGGAUCGCCCGUGAGGUCUGAGACGCAGAUGUCGACACUGAACGAAGCUCUGCAAACCGCCAAGAUGGAGAUAGAGUCUCAGAGCGUUCGGCUUAGGGAUCUCGAAGCUAUGCUGACGGAAGAGCGCCGUGCAAGGGAGGAUGCCGAAGAGAGAGCCAACCGGCUUGAACGUGAGCGCCGCUCCGCCGAAUCGGACUUGGCCAACGGAGACAUCCACAAGGACGAGGUCCACGGCCACAUGGACGAAACCGAAACCAUUAUUGCCAACGGCUCUGCUUCUUCGAGUCUUGCAGAUGUCGCCACGUCUCGCCUCCAGCAGCGACUCGACACGAUGGUGUCUGAGAUGAACGAAAUGAAGUUGCAGAUGGAGAAAUACCGUCAGCGCGCCGAGACUGCAGAGGCCGAUCGCAAGAGCCUGGCAGAGAUGAUUGAGAACAUCCGUAAAGACAACGCAAGGACAGCUGGCAACGAGGCCAAACGUCGUAGUCGCAGCCACAGCGGAUCUGCGCAGGAGGCAGCAGAUGACCAGACAGAGCGGUCCAUGGAUGCCGAGGACGCAGAAGAGGGCGAGAUCACGAUCAUCAAUGAGAGAGAUGUAGAUGGGGAUGUCAACGGCGCUCUUGCACGGAAGGGCCAGAACGACCUGCCAGCUGAGCACAAAGACACGGCAGCGUCCAACAAGACAUCACAGGCUCUGGCAACACGUCUUAACCGAAAUGAUCUUGCCCUUCUCCAUGGUGCCCCAGCGAUCUCCAUGCUUACAGUCGUUGCCCUGGGUGUAGCGGUCAUGGCCUGGCUCAAUGACUAUCCAAAGGUCGACCGGUGA